GUAGUCACUUCAUAACCCUAAACACGUCAAAGAAGUUGGUCGCUGAGGCCAGUUGGUGAGAAAAGACCCCAUUGUUUAGUGACUCAUAGCGCUUUAUUUCAGAAUCAUUAGACACCAGACAGCUGAGUGUUAACACAGCGAACUUUAUUGUGGACUUGUCGAGUGUUUUCACGAUGGAGGAUCGGAAGGAAGACAACGAGGCAGAGAUCCAAGAGCACGGACCCGAGCAUUGGUUCUCACACUGGGAGAGUCAGUGCCUCGCCGAGGCCGAGCAACAAGAGCCCAGCGAAGAGGAGGUCGACCACAACCGAGAGAAACUAUGGCACAUGUUUCAGAACUCGGCUACGGCGGUGGCGCAGGUUUAUAAAGAUCGAGUUAGCCAUCAACAAGGACUGUCCCUGUGGGUGCCUUUUCAGAACGCAGCGACAGCCGUGACCAAUCUGUACAAAGAAAGCGUGGACGCACAUCAGAGGAGCUACGAGCUCGGGAUCCAGACGGGUCAGCAGAGACGCAACAAGGAAGUGUUGGCCUGGGUAAAGAAGCGACGAAGGACCAUCCGGAGGGAGGAUCUGAUCAGCUUCCUGUGUGGUAAAGCUCCGCCCCCGAGGGUCUCCAGAGCCACACCCAGAAUCCCACCCAGCUGGCCGCCUCCAUCAGAUUCAGUCUCCUCUGUAGAAACAGACCUGCAGCCUUUCCGUGAAGCCAUCGCAUUGCACGGUCUGAGCGGCGCGAUGGCCGGAGUCAGUGUCCGUCCAGGCACUCCGGGCUCUCCCACUCACGUGAGCGGCGGUGGCUCGAACCCGGGCCGCAGGAGAAACGGCCUCCACGACGUCGACUUGAACACGUUUAUAGCGGAGGAGAUGGAGCUGCACCUGGAGAACAACGGCGGUGGCAGGAAGCGCACGAGCGCCCAGUGCAGCGACGUCAUCACAGACUCGCCAACCCACAAACGCAACAGGACGAUCUGAGCUCGAGAACGCACACACACACACACAAACGCACACACACACACAUACACAUGCUGCUCGAUAACAAAGCCACUUAAUCCUCAGUAUGUUCCUGUUCCAGUUUGAAAGGAAGCCAUCGAACGUGUAAAACACGCAGACGCUCUAGUACCUCGACGUUCACGUUAUUUUACUGUUUUUGCCACGUGAUGAUUAAUACGUAGAAAGGGGGAGAAAAAAAAAACACGGAGCAUUCUCAAAGGGAGACGUCACCCAAAAAACGCUCACUUAGUGCCGAACAGCUAGCUUUCGCACGUGACGCACAUUUUACCGAAAGGAUCCUUAAUCCUUAAGAAAGGAGAUACAGACGACCACAGGGAGUGGAGCUACACCCGAUCCGACUCCUCCUCGUACGUGACGUUGUCUACGCCCGGGUAGGAGGAGCUAGAUCAGGUCUGACUCCACCCCCAUGCAGUGCGUAGGGGAGGGGAAAUGGCAGAUUUGUGACGUCAUGUCGGAAAUAUUUCUUAAAAUCAAACGCACGUAAAAAAAAAAGAAAUAAAAAAAAAAAAGAAAAAUGUGCGAAAGCGAAAGCCGCCUUGGACGGACGGCGAGGGGUGUUCCUGGGUGAAAGUAUCAGGGCUCAAGCUGCCAUCAUCACAACACCACAGUAACUGUGCAUUAUAUAGAGAUAUAAAUAAAGCAGUGUUGCCACUUUAUCCACACAGAAACUCUCCCGAGUUUCUAGGAUUUAUUCCUUACAAAAGCCACGUUUAAUAUAUAUUUAAUAUACAUGUAUAUUUCCUUCGUCUCGCUUUUUUCGCCGCACACGAAUCGUGACAUUAUUACGAUUUCUGCCCAACAUGCCGUCUCUCGGGGGGGUAAAAGAGUGCCGUGUUUUGUGUUUAAAUUAAAGAAGAAGAAAAAAAAAAGAUGUUCAACUUUUCUGUUGUUAAAGAUGUGUAUUUAAAGGUACAGUACCGGUUAGUACCUAUUAUUACCCAACCCCCUCCCCCUCCCCCGAGACGGCAUGAAGAGCAAUAUUUCAAUUCAAUCUGCUGCUUCUUCCGAUCUGAUCCAGCUGCAAUAAAACUGAACCGAACUUUGAGCUCCACUUUUUUUUUUUAAGCUUUCGUACAUCUUUAGAUCUUUUUUGUGCAAUAAAUAAAAGGGUCACUGUUUCAAAAUCAUGUGGAACAGGGAACUUUAUUGAUGGUGGACUCGAAAGCGAGGGUCCGGGGCGAAGAAGACGUCGUCCAUCCCGAGGUCUUUAGCUUCACACGACAUGCCGUCUUAUCGGCCGACCGAAACGACGUCGGUUUUUACCGCGAGACGAAAAUAAAACGUCGAUCGACGCGGUUAUGAAAAAAAGUUUUGUUUAAGAAAAAAAAAAACGAAUUCAGUUUGAAUCGUCGCUGUUGGGAAAAAGUCGUUUAAGAAAAAGGUUUCGAUCCUGAACAAACCACACGACCUCUUCCUCUUCUUCUUCUCUUCCUCUUUCCUUAGUACACUUUAGGAAACACUACCUGUCCCAGGUAACACAGGAUCCAUUAUUUACACUUUACUUCCGUUUUCCAUUAAAAAAAAAAAUAAUAAAAAAAAUAAACAUAAAUAAAUAAAUAAUAAAACGCUGCCGUUCCUGUAAACCACUCGGUCGCAGUUUGACUUUUAGUCGUAUGUUCAAAAAAUGUGAAGUUUACAGCAUUCUGACACCGAAAUGUUAGUAAAUUAUUUGCUGGAAUAAAACUAAAAAUCUUGUAA